AUGAACCAUAGCCCAAUGUUGUUGUCUACUCGUGAUGCGCAACGUGAAAGACGAGCAUCACAAAUUCUUGCAUCAACUUCUGUAGCUGAAAGAUUAAAUCUAGCUGGUAUAGACAAUGGAAGUUUUCGAGCAGAUUCAAGAUCCGAUCUUCGUAGAUCUUCUACGUUAUCACGAAGACAAACACAGUCCCAUAUUCAAACACACCCAUCAGACACGGUGAUAGAUGCUUCAGCAGAUGAAGAAACAACUAAUAAUGUAAAACAAGUGAUACCUACACAGAAAACAAAAUAUCAGUGGAAAAUGAGUCACUAUCUAUACAUUCACGUAUGCUUCUUUGUUUUAAAUGGAUUAUUCGGUGGUUUAGUAGUUUGGCUUAUUGAGAAUCAUUCUUCUUCACGAAAUGUAGAAAUGACAGUACAUUAUAUUGAUGCUUGGUUUGUUAGUAGUUCAUGUGUAUA